CCUUUCUACCCCAUCUUUUGGCACAUUCAAGCCAAAUCGACACUUCUUUGCAGCGCGGCUUUACUCUCACACUCACAAGACCAAAUACUCAGGAGUUUCACAAUAUGCACCAGUGCUCCAUCUCCCGUGGUUGUAGGGCUGCGUCGGCUAUCGAUCGUUGUGAUAUCUGCUCUCCGCAUUCGAUUGAGCCUCGGCUCGAUUUACUGAUCUGACAUCUGCGACUCUCACCUCAGAGCUCUUGCGUAACAUAACGAAGCAUCUGGCAAACCUCCAGAGACAUCGACAUCACCAACAUUAAUUACAUCGAAUCGUUUUGGGAAGACCGUCAAUAUGUCCGAACCAGGUAUCCUCGUCGAAUACAAGGGCAAAGUAGCCGUCAUCACCCUCAACGUCCCCAAGAAACUCAACGCACUCAAUGGCGACCUCUACUACCAGCUCGCGCGCGCCAUGCACGAAGUCGCCGCCCACGAUGAGGUCUUCAUCACCGUCUUGACCGGCAAGGGGCGAUUCUUUUCCGCCGGCGCAGACGUGACCUUCGGCGCCGCCGCAAAGUCCUCCACCGACAUCGACGAGCGCCAAAUGUGGCUAAAAAACUUCGUCUCCAACAACCUGCACAUCACCCACGCCUUCUACACGCACCCCAAGAUCCUCGUCACCGCGCUCAAUGGCCCUGCCGUCGGACUUUCCGCUGCCUUGAUCGCGUUCUCGGACUUCAUUUACGCCGCACCACACGCCUACGUUCUCACUCCAUUCAGCUCGCUAGGUCUGGUCGCCGAGGGCAACGCAUCCUUCGCCUUCGUCAAGCGCCUCGGCAUCUCCAAAGCCAACGAGGCGCUCAUCAUGUCGAAACGCAUCAGCUGCGAAGAGCUCGUGCAAACCGGCUUCGUGAACAAAGUGUUCGAUGUCGGGUCGAACCACAGCCCCAAGUUCCUGGAGGAGGUGCUCAAGGAGGUCGACGACCGGCUGGGCGACCACCUCAAUGGAGAGAGUUUGGUCAAGAUCAAGGCGCUGAUUAGGAAGCCGGACAUGGAUACGCUGGAUCGGCAGGGAGUGGAGGAAGUGUUUGGGGGUUUGAGCAGGUUUUUGAAGGGUGUGCCGCAGGAGGAGUUUAGGAAGAUUGCGUCUGGGGAGAAGAAACAUAAGCUGUAGAGGAGCGAAGUGUGGAAAGAUGGAAAGAUGGGAAUGGUGUCUUGUUUAGGUGUUUUUGCUCUUUGAUGUGACCACGACUACGUUUGAGGUCUUGUACAUCGGACACUAUCCCAAGCUCACGCCCUCAGUAG